UCGAGCCAUCUGAACGGUCAAGAUGGUGGUUCAACCCUAGGGUGGCUGUACCCGCGUUGCUCUCUGCUUUCUCUUUGCUUUUUGAUAGCCUAUGCAUGCAUCAUACAUUACACAUACUCCGAAGAGGGCCCAUUUCACUUUUUUUUUUUUUUUUUUUUUUUAAAUUUUACUUUUACACUACCAUAUAAACCCUACUCCUCUCCCCACAUCACAAAGCAUUUCUUUCCUUUGCUUAUGUUUCGCUUAGCGUCUUUCCUUUUCUUCCUAGCUGUUUUUGCUCUUAAUUUCCUCCCUGAUCUCAUGGCUGCCUCUGUCGAUCCGCUUGUCGUCGGCCGAGUGAUUGGCGAUGUCGUGGACAUGUUCGUCCCCACCGUGAGCAUGUCUGUCUACUUUGGUUCCAAGCAUGUCGCCAAUGGCUGUGACAUCAAACCUUCCAUGGCCAUCAACCCACCCAAAAUCACCGUCUCUGGUCACCCUGGCGAACUCUACACCCUGGUGAUGACUGACCCUGAUGCUCCGAGUCCGAGUGAGCCAAGCAUGAGGGAGUGGGUCCAUUGGAUCGUGUCUGAUAUCCCUGGAGGAACAAACCCUCUCAGAGGGAAAGAGAUACUGCCGUACGUUGGUCCGAGGCCACCAGUGGGAAUUCACCGCUACAUUCUGGUGCUGUUUCAGCAGAAGGCUCCGAUGGGGUUGGUGGAGCAGCCACCCUCUCGUGCCCAUUUCAACACCCGCUUCUUUGCGGCGCAGCUCGACCUUGGACUGCCGGUUUCCACCGUCUACUUCAACUCACAGAAGGAGCCAGCAAACAGGAGGCGCUGAGCGUUUUCAUAUAUCACUAGGGCGGAUGGUGUGGUUUUGUUUUCACCAAGGAAUAAGAAGAUAUAAUUAGUGAAUAAAAGAUAGGAGUCUGGCUUUAAUUAGAGUGUGUAAUGAAGCUAGUAUUAUUUAUAAUAUGUAAUGCAUGCAUGUUAAUUAUUACAUGAAGCUAG